AUGGGAAAUUGGCAAGAGAAAGUAGCUCAGAAGAAAAGAACAACCUUUGAAAAGAUCCCGAAAGCUUGGGUUCAAGAUCAAAUCCUUACUGAUUUCAGAGACAGGCCUUACUCUCAGGUGUCUACUUAUCUUGAUGAAGUUUUGCCAGAAUCAGAGAAUGAAAUUACCAAACUCACCGCUUGCCAGAUAGCCACUAAAGUUGCUAGGAGAGAGCUGACAAGCUCCGAUGUUUGCUAUGCCUUCUGUCACCGAGCAGCGUUAGCUCACCAGAUUUUGAACUGUUGCGUCGAAAUAUUCUUCGAAUCUGCUCUAGAGAGAGCCAAGGAGCUGGACCGGAUCUUGGAACAGACUGGCGAGGUCGUUGGACCACUCCACGGUGUGCCCAUCUCUCUUAAAGAUCAAGUUAAUUUGCCAGGCAUCGAAACAACGAUUGGAUACGUUUCUUACAUAGGAGAAAAAAGCCAAAAGAAGUCCCUUCUUGCGAAGGCUCUGGAGGAGAAGGGCGCUAUUUUCUAUGUCAAGACUGCUGUUCCAACUGCAAUGCUUGCAUCGGAAACCGUAUCGAAUGUGCAUGGUAUAACCCUAAAUGCGGUCAACAUUGAGUUCUCCAGUGGGGGUAGCUCUGGAGGAGAAGGCGCCCUCAUAGGGGCGCGCGGCUCUCCUCUAGGAGUUGGAACGGAUAUUGGUGGUAGUAUACGUAUUCCUGCCGCGUUCCAAGGCCUUUAUGGCCUGCGGCCCUCGAACGGCAGAAUACCUUACAUGGACGUCACCAAUUCUUAUGCAGGGCAAGAAAUUAUUCAAUCAGUAAUUGGCCCUUUAAGCGCCUCCCUUGAAGAUCUGCAGCUUUUCACGAAAACUGUCGUUGACUCUCAUACCUGGGACGAGGAUCCCAAAGUUGUCCCCAUUCCUUGGAGAGAUCAAUCUUCUCUUCGCCAACGUAAGUUGAGAAUAGGUUUGAUGCUAUGGGAUAAACUUGUAAUGCCUCACCCGCCUGUCAUCCGCGCAUUGAAAGAGACUUGCCAAUCACUUUUGAAAGAAGGGCACGAAAUUGUGGAGUGGGAUUUUCCACUUCAAAAGGAGCUCCUUGAAACUGCCGAUCAGGUAUAUGGUGCCGACUUUUACCAAGAAGUCGAAGAGACUCUGAAACUAUCUGGGGAGCCAAUACUAGAAUAUAUGAACCUUGCUAGAAAGAGCUGCUUGAACGGUAGAGCCGAUCCUCAGCCUUUAUCUAUUGCUGAGAGUUGGGAGCUCGUAAAGAAGAAAAAUUUCUUUAGGGAGCAGUUUUUUAAGAAGUGGAAUGCAAGUGCCGCUUUAACCCAAGAGGGUGAACCAAUUGAUGCAAUAAUCUGUCCUGUGUGGCCCUCUGCAGCUUUCGGAGCGAAUGAAGUCAAAUUUGGAGUCGAGAAUUAUACAGUCCCUUUCAAUAUGUUAGACUGCGCUUCAGUUGUUUUACCUGUCACCUAUGUGGAUAAGGCUAUCGAUUUACCUGAUGCGACUUAUCAGCCUGCUAACGAACUCGAUGCCAUGCAAUUUGGUUAUUAUUCAGCAGAAAAGUUCGAUAAAAUGCCAAUAUGUAUUCAAGUCGUAUGCAGAAGACUAGAGGAGGAGAAGGUACUUACAGUUGCCUCUAUUAUUCAAGAUGCAUGCCGCUCGUUUGAAGAGCAUACAAAUAAUUAG